UGGAGGAGGGGGGCCUGGGCAUCCCCAGUGGGAAAUUUUACAGCUUAGAUGUGACAAAAUCGAAAGAAAUCAAAUGACAUUGACCAAAGAAACAGUCAGACAGCAAUAAUGUUGUCAUAGGAACAAAAUCUGAAACCUUUGCUGCUUGCCAUACAGUGAGGUUUGGUUCAGGAAUUAAUAAGGGCACGAAAGUCUUCACAUGGGUGGUGUUGUUCAUUUAUAAUGAACAAUUGUUUGUUUCUUUUGUUAUGGAAGGAGUUUUUGAUUUUAUAUAUAGAUGUUGUAUCUGUCGUGUGAAGCCAGUGAAAGGGACAGGACACAUGAUUGUUCUUGGUGUCUUUGUAAUGAUCCGAAAUAGUUGAAGAGAGUUACUAUCACUUGUACCAUUCUUGGGUAUCCCUAGUUCCCCCAUCUCCCCAUCCAAAAGGCCACAAAAACAAAGAGAAAAGGGCCAAAAUCCAAUUUAUUUAUUUAUUGGGACAGGCACACCAUAGUUUGCAGCAUUUACCCUUGGGUGCACGUACAACUGACAUUGGCAUUUGGCAUUUGGCAGGCAGCCAUUAUGGCAUGUUCAUGCAUACUGUCCGGAUAUCCAAGCACAACCAAGCUUCAAAUUUUGUUUUGACUCCUUCCUUGCUCCUGUUUUUUAUGCCUCUUGUCUCUGCUACUGCUACCCUCCUUUCUGUUCUGUGUUCUGGUGUGGUGUGGUGUGGUGUGCUUACUCAAUCUGCUUUAGGGUCCCGUUCUGUCGUUUUAAUUCAACUUGGGAAGGAGUUAAAGCUCCUUUGUGCUCGCUGAAAAGGGUAUUUAUACAUGCAAUCUUACAAACUCUCCUGCCAAGAACUUGGAGUAGGGUAAAAUUCAAACAUCCUUUUGGGACCACCAAAUUUAAAGCCCCCUUCGACUAUUACUAUUCACUCCCCACAAACAAAUAAUUUACUAUACUCCACCGCAACCAUUUUUUUUUUCUUUCACUACCAUAUCAUGUGCUUCUCAGCUUAUGGAACAUUACAUUUUUUUAAGGAAAGUGGAGAUGGUGCUGGUGUUGCUGUUGGGGACUUGAGUGCAAACUUUUUAUUAUUAUAUAUGUGCCCAUAAGCAUCAAAGAGUGGUAAGUCAAAAUUAGGCCAUCACACUGUUCCAAUGGGAGCAACGAUGGUUAUUAGAAUUUUAUAGGAGAUUGUUGGUUCUUUUGCAUGUAUGCACGUCACUUUAUUUUUCUUCCCAUCUUUUCACUUUCAGUUUCAGAGAAUGUACAGCGCCUAGGGGAAGAUGAAACACUGUCGAGAUUUGAUGCCAUGCCAUACCUUUCUUUCUUUCUUUCUUUCUUUUUUUUUAUUUUCCCUUCUUUUCAGCUUUCAGCCGUUACAAGGCCUCUUCAUGCCUUUCCCACUCUUGUACUUUCUUUAACUCUUGUCUUCCUUCAAGACAAGUGCAUAUAAGCUGAGUUAUGGUUCUCAGUAAAAACGUGGAACCUGCUUUGCCAUAAACCUUUUAGUUUAUCCCUUGUUGGAAUCUCUCACCUCUUGCUCCUCCAUCUCCACUUUCAGACUUACGUAAGUGAAGCUUCUUUCCUUAUUUUCUUCAGAACUAUUUGGCAAGUUCAAUGAAGGAUCCAGCGGAGGAUCAAGUGAAAUCUAGAAGGGCCCUUCAGAGACCAAAAGACCUUAGAAGAAGAGAUAGAAGAAGAGGCCAAUGCAAGCAAGAUAAAUUACAAGAAACAGGACUUGACUCACAAUUCAUUUCCUCUGCUUGCAAAAGUCUUGUGUUUCCUGCCAGACCUGGCUAUGGCCAGCUGGGGACAAAGUGUCUGGUCAAAGCUAAUCAUUUCCUGGCAGAUAUAUCAGCUUCUGACUUGAGCCAUUACAAUGUUACAAUAACACCUGAAGUCACUUCUCGUAAAACAAGCAAAGCCAUCAUAUCUGAGUUGGUGAGGCUUCACAGGAACACUGACUUGGGGAUGAGGCUUCCUGUUUAUGAUGGAGGAAGAAAUCUCUACACUGCUGGUUUGCUUCCAUUUGCAUACAAAGAGUUCUCCAUAAAAUUGAGCCAGGAUGACGAGGGUACUGGUGGUACCAGGGAAAGAGAAUUUGAAGUGGUGAUAAAGUUUGCAGCUCGUGUCAGCAUGCAUCAAUUACGUGAGCUUCUGAGUGGGAAACAAGUGGACACCCCGCAAGAGGCGCUUACUGUCAUUGACAUUGUAUUGAGGGAGCUUGCAGCUCAGAGCUUCGUGUCAAUUGGGAGGUUUCUCUAUUCUCCGGAUUUAAGAAAACCACAGCAGUUAGGUGGUGGUCUGGAAUCAUGGCGCGGCAUCUACCAAAGUAUAAGGCCUACUCAGAUGGGAUUGUCCCUUAAUAUUGACAUGUCAUCAAUGGCUUUUAUUGAACCACUCCCUGUAAUUGACUUUGUUGCUCAAAUUUUGGGAAAAGACGUGCUCUCAAAGCCACUGUCAGAUGCAGAUCGUGUCAAGAUUAAGAAAGCCUUAAGAGGUGUGAAAGUCGAAGUUACACAUAGAGGAAGUUUUCGAAGGAAGUACAGAAUUACAGGAUUGACAUCACAACCUACAAGGGAACUCAAUUUCCCUGUCGACGAGAAAAUGAACAUGAAAUCAGUGGUUGAUUACUUUCAAGAAAUGUAUGGAUAUACUAUUAUAUAUUCUCAUCUACCCUGCCUUCAAGUAGGAAGUCAAAAGAAGGUGAACUAUUUGCCUAUGGAGGCAUGUAAGAUAGUUGGAGGUCAGAGAUAUACAAAAGGACUUAACGAAAAGCAGAUAACUUCUCUGCUGAAGGUCUCAUGCCAGAGACCACGUGAACAAGAGACAGACAUUCUACAGACACUUCAAGAAAAUAAUUAUGAGUAUAAUCCCUAUGUAAAGGAGUUUGGUAUCAGCAUUGACAACAAACUUGCAUCAGUUGAAGCUCGGGUUCUUCCUGCUCCAUGGUUGAAAUAUCACGACACUGGAAGAGAGAAAGAACACUUGCCACAAGUUGGUCAAUGGAACAUGAUGAACAAGAAAGUUAUAAACGGAAGCACUGUAAGAUAUUGGGCAUGUAUCAAUUUCUCACGAAGUAUCCAAGAAAUUGCUCGCGGGUUUUGCCAACAGUUGGUUCAAAUGUGCCAAAUCUCAGGCAUGGAAUUUAGUCUAGAUCCUGUGAUUCCUAUAUACACAGCAAGACCUGAUAUGGUAAAGAAAGCCUUGAAGUACGUACAUUCUGCUGUGCGAGAUAAACUUGGUGGGAAAGAACUAGAGUUGUUGAUUGCCAUUCUUCCAGACAACAAUGGCUCUCUGUAUGGUGAUCUCAAAAGAAUCUGCGAAACAGAUCUGGGGUUGAUUUCUCAGUGCUGUCUUUCAAAACACGUGUUCAAGAUCAAUAGACAGUAUCUGGCAAAUGUGGCCUUAAAGAUCAAUGUCAAGUUGGGAGGAAGGAACACAGUACUUUUGGAUGCCUUGAGUUGGAGGAUCCCAUUGGUUAGUGACAUUCCAACAAUAAUUUUCGGAGCUGAUGUGACUCAUCCAGAAUCUGGAGAGGACCCUUGUCCAUCCAUUGCUGCUGUUGUAGCCUCCCAGGACUGGCCGGAAGUAACAAAGUAUGCAGGAUUAGUAUGUACUCAGCCUCAUCGUGAGGAACUCAUUCAAGAUCUUUUUAAAUGUUGGAAGGAUCCUCAUCAUGGUGUAGUUUAUGGUGGCAUGAUCAGAGAGCUGUUACUCUCGUUUAAGAAGGCAACUGGACAAAAACCACUGAGAAUAAUAUUUUACAGGGAUGGCGUAAGUGAAGGACAAUUCUACCAGGUUUUGUUGUAUGAGCUUGAUGCCAUUCGUAAGGCUUGUGCAUCUUUGGAACCGAGUUACCAACCUCCGGUAACAUUUGUUGUGGUUCAGAAACGGCAUCACACCAGACUAUUCUCAAACAAUCAUGACGACAGAAACAGCACUGAUAAGAGUGGGAAUAUCUUACCUGGUACCGUGGUGGAUUCCAAGAUCUGUCAUCCGACGGAAUUCGAUUUCUAUUUAUGCAGUCAUGCUGGAAUUCAGGGUACAAGUAGACCAGCUCAUUAUCAUGUUCUGUGGGACGAGAACAAUUUCAGUGCUGAUGAGAUUCAAUCUCUGACCAACAACUUGUGCUACACAUAUGCAAGAUGUACUCGAUCUGUUUCUGUAGUGCCUCCUGCGUACUAUGCUCACUUGGCAGCAUACAGAGCUCGUUUCUACAUGGAACCAGAUGUUCAUGAGAUUGGUAAAUCUCGAGGUGGUAGAUCAAAAGAUGAGUCAGUUCGGCCACUACCAGCUCUGAAAGAGAAGGUGAAGAAUGUGAUGUUUUACUGUUGAAUGAGAAGCGAUAGAGAGACUUCCACGUAGAGAAACAGCAGCAUAUGUAGGAAAAGGAAAUUGAAAUUAAUACAAGAUGUACAACCUAACCUGCUCAUAAUUCAUAAUUCUCUGCAUGGAAUUUUUUGACCAAGUCUAGGUUGUUUUUCAGUCUUUCUAGUGCUUAGGGAAGCUUAUUAUGUAGAAAUUACUCGUAUAUCGGUUUUCGAGCUUCAGAGCAUGUGCUGGUGGAAUUACCUUAUAUUUUAACAUGAAGUGAAAAAAGGUCUAAAAAUAGUGAAAUUGUUAAGCACUAUUGUUUGGACUAAACACUAUAAGUUCAUACUCCAAUCCUUUUAUAA